CAUACUGUUGUGAAAUCUCUGCGCCGGCAAUUCAAAUUUCUGCCAAUUCCUAUAUUUAUGCAAAUAAAUUUUCCCAAUGGCUUCUAACAAGGAAAGCCUUAUAAUUGUGCUGGAUGUGCGCACUUGUGCCGCCGAAGAAGUCAAACUGAAAUCCGCAAAAUGUGUGGCGGAGAUUCUUAAGGACAAGAUUGUGUGCGAUAAGAAAGACUAUGUGUCCUUUGUCCUGGUGGGCUGCGACAGCAAUGAAGACGAUAAAAGGGACGAAAAGUCGGACCACAAAGCGUAUCCAAAUGUGGUUCGAUUUGGAGAUCCACGACUUUGCAACUGGAAACUCCUACUGGAAUUUUUCACGUUUGUCAAUAAAACUGCUUGCGAGGAAGGACAAUGGUUGGAUGGUCUCCAGGUGGCAAUGGAUCUGCAGGAAACUGCCUUGGCAUUUAAGCCCGCCAGGCAAAGGAUCCUCCUGCUCUUUGAUUUCAAUGACUUCCCGCAGGACUACAAGAGAUUCAACCAAAUCACGGACCAAUUGCUUGAAAACAAAAUCGAUUUGAUUGUGGGAACCCACAACAUAGCCUACAUAGACAAUGCGGAGACCAAUCAACCGCAGGCCAUUUUCAACUUCUCUAGAAAGUGCGGCCCCGAGGCGCUGGAGAACCAGAAGCACGUGCUCAGCCUCGUGCCCCGCUGCAAUGCCACGCUGUGCAGCUUCAAGGAGGCCCUGCUCACCGUCUUCAAGGUGACCAAUCGACGGCCGUGGGUGUGGAACGCCAAGCUGCACAUCGGCAGCAAGAUCAGCAUCAGCCUGCAGGGCAUGAUCGCCAUGAAGAACCAGACGCCGGUCAAGCUGGUCAAGGUUUGGGCGGAGGACGAUGAGACGGUGACCCGCGAGACGCGGCACUUCAUCAAGGGCACCGAGGUGACACCGCUGCCGGAGGAUCUGAUGGCUGGCUACAUGCUGGGCGGCACUCCGGUGCCCUACGACGACGCCCUGCUGGAGCCCAAGGAACCGCUUCCGCAGGGUCUGCAUUUCUUCGGCUUCAUCAAGCGCAAUGCCGUGCCGGAUGAGUACUUUUGUGGCGACUCCCUGUACCUUUUGGCUCACCAGAAGGGCAACCAAGCCGCGGGUAUCAAAUUGGACGCCCUUGUGCGCGCCCUCGUCGCCUCGGAUCGGGCAAUCCUUUGCUGGAAGAUCUACAGCGCCAAGUUCAACAGGCCCAAUAUGGUGGUGCUCCUGCCCCGCCUAGCAGACGAUACCCAUCCGGCCACGCUGUACAUGUUGGAGGUGUCGUACACGGCCCAGCACCACUUCUGGGACUUCCCCGCCCUGCGAACCACCAAGACGGAGUGCAGCGAGGAUCAGCUGGAUGCCAUUGACCAGCUAAUCGACAGCACCGAUCUGGAGUGCAGUCUGCGGGACACACAGCAACCGCGUCCGUGGGCCCAAAACGAUCUGCUGCCAUUUGACGGGCUGCCCAGCAUCUUCGAGCAGAACGUGAUGGAUGUGCUGGAGCGGAAGGUGAUCAAGGAUAACGACCGCGAUGAUGAGAUGCUCAAGGGCAAGAACUUCGCGGAUGUCUUUUGGCGAGUGCCGGAACCGCUGGAGGAGAAGUCCAAGAGGGCGGCGGCCAAUGUGAAGAAGCUCUUCCCACUGCGCUUCAGUCGCGCCUGGCAGGAGAAGCAACUGGCCAAGGAGCAGGCGGAGAAUGGUGUGCCCGUCAAGCAGGAGCCAAUGGAGCAGAAGAUCCCCAUGCCAUCGGACGGCGUGGGUUUGACCAAUCCCGGUGCGGAUUUCACUCGGAUCUUGGAGAGCGUUCGCUCCAUCACGAAUGCCACCCAGCGAGAUGCCCGCUUUCAGGCACUGGCUGCUGAUACGCGCGUGGUUAUCCUCACCCUGCUGGAGCGCAAAAAACUCAACCUCGUUCAGCUGGGCGAGAUCAUUAAGCUGUACCGACAGAGCUGCAUGGACUUCAACGCCUUCCUGGAGUACGACAAGUUUGCAGAGGAGCUGAAGAAGGUCGCGUUGGCUAAGAACCAGAGCGGUUUUUGGCAGGACGUUAUGGUGGACAAAGAAUUGGGGCCCCUGGUCGUGGGCGAACCCACGCUGGACGACGAGUUGGCCUUGAAAGCAUACUACACCAUCGAAAGUUGGCAGGAAAGCGAGUCCGAGGGGCAACAGGCGGAAAGCAUGGAGAACUAAUAUUAAUUCUUAUGUUAAGCAAAGUUGUUAUAUUUCCCAGUUUUAUAUUUAUUCCUUGCUGCUAUGUGGAAAUAAAAUUAUUAAAUUUA